AGUGUUUGCUUUAUUUAAAAAAACUGACCAAUUAAGGGUCAAAUAUGAAAUGAAUGUGAGGGCAGGACUGAGAUUCAGGGAUUUUGGAAGCUGUGGAAGUUCAGAGGAAGCAUGGAGAUUGUAAAUGAGGGGGAACAAUAUUUCCUGCCUUCACUGCAUCAAUCCAGCCUGACGGCAGAGUGAAUCCAGGAACACUCACUGGCGGAACAGUCUCAGUUGGAGAGAGAACUGCUCGUCAGUGGGAGGUAACCUACAUGAUGCCCUCUCUUCAACUUAUAAAUUCAUCGUCUGUCCGUGCGAGGGUAAGCGUUUUCUUGAGGCGGAACUUGCUGAGCGCACCGACGGACGCACCAGUGGAACUGGCUGAUUUGUAAACCACAACGGACUAAAAACACUUCGCAAUCCCAAAAAGCGUGAAGAUGAAUAGACAUUGAGGAAGCACCGUAUGGAAAAUGUUAUUUCACAUCAUGGUGAGGCUCGUAAAGACGGACCCGGAGCUGGUGCGCAGGUCCUGAGCGCCUAGACUGAACUGUGACUCCGAGAUAUUUCUGGUGAAAUCGAGCUUCGGUGCAAUUGAGUUUUCCAAUCUCAUAAAAAAAGGCUCUAAAGGUUUUGCGGAGGUUUCCCGCGGCAACAACAUCGUUUUUCUUCUGAAAUAUGGACAGCAAGGCAACCUUCAGAGAGUGCUUAUCUUUAAUUCCACCAACUUAAAUCGCUCAUAUGUACAGGAUUGCGCACAAUACUGUGGAACUGCUUUCUUAAGACAUAACCAAGAAGGGAAAAAACAGAAAUAAGGAUGUUAAAAUCCGCCCUGCAUUGUGUCAUGAAAUGUAAAAAAAAAGGGUGGGUGACUGAGAUUUGGGGAUAACUUGAUGAUAAGUUCCUUUUGAAAAAGCGAAUGGGACAUUAAAGCAAGUCAGUGCCUGGAUAAUGUUCUUCAAUGGAGUCUAAAUGAAGAGCCUCUCAGGAUGUAGUGCUACCUGGACACUCAAUGCGGAUUGGAGAGGUCACUUUUUUUUAAACUCUUAAUUUUAAUCGGAGAAAGGAGAGAGACAAAAAAAAAAAAAAACGGCAUUACUUUGCAAUGAUCUGACUCAUCGUUUGGAGAAAAUCUGCGAGCACACGUCGGCCUGGAGAAUAGUUUCCACAAUGGCACUUGUAGGUGCCUCCGUGAUAUGUGCGUCCUGAAAGAAGAGGAAAUAUCCAUCCUGUUACAAGCUGUUUUUUUUUUUUGCAUGUCAACUGGACUAAUGUGUGGAUUACGUACCAAUGUCGUUCUGAAAGACGGAGCACAAUAAGUCUGAAAAGAAAGAAAGUGACAUGCGGAUUCUGUAAAACCACCCGAGAAUGGCGGAUUUUUUUUCCAUGCAGUUUUUUUUUUUUAAAUUGAUAUGAGAGCAGAAGAGGGACACUUCUUCCCAAAGAAGAUAUCCACCAGAUAUCUCCUCUACGUGAAUAACAUUCUUCCUCUCCAACCAAUGAAGUCAACUGGGUGGGGGAUGGAAUUCAAAGGGACGUAGAAGGGAAGGAGAGAGGCAAAGUGGCCCCAAAUCCUCUUUUAAAACAAAGCGGAAGACCAGUCAAUGAAUUAUGAAUGUUCAACAAGAUGACGUCCACUCAGCAGCAGCAGAUGAUGCGAGGUCCUAGGUGGAACCGGGCCUUGUCCGACCCUUUAUUUGUGUUACUCCUGGCCCUCCAGCUGCUGGUGGUGGCAGGACUGGUCCGUGCUCAGACUUGUCCUUCUGUUUGCUCCUGUAGCAACCAGUUCAGCAAAGUCAUCUGUACCCGCAGAGGACUGCGAGAUGUUCCUGACGGAAUUUCUACCAACACACGCUAUCUGAAUUUGCAAGAAAAUCUUAUCCAGGUCAUUAAAGUGGACAGCUUCAAACAUCUAAGACAUUUAGAGAUUCUGCAGCUGAGCAAAAACCACAUACGUAAAAUUGAACUUGGGGCCUUCAAUGGACUGGCCAGCCUCAAUACCUUGGAGCUUUUUGAUAACCGCCUCACCACCAUUCCAAAUGGGGCAUUUGAGUACCUAUCCAAACUAAAGGAGCUUUGGCUUAGGAAUAACCCAAUAGAGAGCAUUCCCUCUUAUGCUUUUAAUAGAGUUCCCUCGUUACGGAGGUUGGACCUUGGGGAACUCAAACGUCUCUCUUACAUAUCAGAGGGGGCCUUUGAAGGGCUGAGCAAUCUGCGCUACUUAAAUUUGGGAAUGUGCAAUCUCAAGGAAAUUCCCAAUCUCAUUCCUCUUGUAAAGCUGGAUGAACUUGAGAUGUCUGGAAAUCAGCUAACUAUUAUCCGGCCUGGCUCAUUUAAGGGGCUUAUUCACUUGCAGAAGCUAUGGAUGAUGCAUGCUCAGAUUCAGACCAUAGAAAGGAACUCCUUUGAUGACCUGCAGUCACUCGUGGAGCUUAAUCUAGCCCACAAUAACCUUACCCUUUUGCCCCAUGAUCUGUUCACUCCUCUGCAUCACCUGGAGAGGGUACACUUACACCACAAUCCAUGGAAUUGCAACUGUGACAUCCUCUGGCUAAGCUGGUGGCUUAAAGAGAUGGUGCCAGCAAACACCAGCUGCUGUGCCCGCUGCAGCUCACCUACCCACCAUAAGGGACGAUACAUUGGCGAGUUGGACCAGAAUUACUUUCACUGUUAUGCUCCUGUUAUUGUGGAGCCCCCUGCAGACCUAAAUGUGACAGAGGGAAGUGCUGCAGAGUUGAAAUGCAGAGCCAGCUCGUUGACCUCAGUAAGCUGGAUUACGCCCAAUGGUUCCAUCAUGACACACGGGGCAUACAAGGUCAGAAUCUCUGUACUAAAUGAUGGUACACUGAACUUCACCAAUGUUACCAUGCAGGACACAGGCACGUAUACAUGUAUGGUCAGUAAUUCUGCGGGUAACACAACAGCAUCUGCCACGCUCAAUGUGUCCUCUACAGAGAACAGCAGUUUCAGCUACUUCACUACAGUGACGGUGGAGACAAUAGAAACACCACACAGUGAAGUCUUGACAACUACUAUUCAACAGAAGGUGGGUCCCACACCAUCAGUUGGUCUAUGGGAAUCUGUUUCACCCACCUCUACAACAACCACUACAGUCCGAACCCCACACUCCACCCGUGCCACAGACAAGACCUACACGAUCCCAGUCACGGAGGAUUCACUGAAUGGCUUGGAUGAGGUAAUGAAAACGACCAAGAUCAUCAUUGGCUGCUUUGUUGCAAUCACACUCAUGGCAGCUGUCAUGCUCAUAAUCUUCUACAAAAUGCGCAAACAGCACCACCAGCAGAAUCACCAUGCACCUACACGCACCAUUGAGAUCAUUAAUGUGGAUGAAGACUGUGUCACUGGGGGCCAAGGCUUGGAGGGUCACCUGACUCUCCCGCCUCUUGAGCAUGAGCACCUCAACCACUACAGCACCUACAAGACUGCGUACAACCAUGCCUCUACUAUCAAUUCCAUACACAGCUCAGUGCACGAACCUUUGUUAAUCCGGGCCAGCUCAAAAGACAAUGUACAAGAGACCCAAAUCUAAUACUUUUGUGAGACAUUAUGAAACUGACGGGAUCACGUUGUGGCAUUACUGACAGGACAAUACUGACAAUAAGUUGUGAGGACUGUGCCUCAAAUGUGGAGGAACAAACUCGUGCUUGGAAAAUCACUGGCUGGUGACGUUAUUUCAACGACUUUGGGAAUUAGAGUAUGUCUACAGUUUCAAAAAGUGUCUUUACAAUACAGAAGUUAUUUAUUUAAGAAAAAAUAUUGUGGUUGAAUUACAAAAAAAAAAAAGAAUUUAUUUUUAUUAUUUUUCAUCUCUUAAUUCAUGUUUUAUUUCAUUUUCUUCUUUUUGUGUUUAAAGAUUGGUUUACUAAUAUGCUUUCAAGCUCUUGUAGAGGACAUUAGCUGAACAAAAGGCUAAUUAUCAUUGCUUUUUAGUUGUUCUUUUGGUACAACUAAAUAUUUUGGCUCAGAAUAGUAACCUAAUUUUUCCCAUGUAUCAAACAAAUCUAAAGCACAUUAGGGAUGUUUUGUGUUUUGCUUUCCAGCUGUGGAUCAGGUGAUGACAUCUUUUGUGACCAUCAGUAACUGAAAUGAUUUAAACGUACACAUCAUUUUGCAGUAUCGCAGUGAGAGUAUCAGUCAUGAAAUUCCACCAUAAUUCAUGUUUGAUUACAUACAUUACACACAGUAGGCAUAGACCGAGGAUCUUAAAAGCUUUACACAACUAUUUAAGUGGAGGCUCACCGCUACCAAAGCUUCCUUCUUUGUUGUUGCUUUUUUUCCCCUAAAUUACAUUUUAUUGAUCUGUAUGUCUUUCUCUUCUUAAUGUAUAUGUCAGAUAUAAUUUUAGGCUUGCACUCAAGUUUGAUGAGAUUGAAGUCCCUGAGCCCCCAGAGGUAUGCUCUUAUUGUUAUAAUGGAGAUUGAGAAGUCAAAGCACCACUUUGGUGAAACAUCAUUGUAAUUGAACAGGAUGGGAGUAAUGCCUGUGCUAAUGCAGAGGAUCCUGACAUCACGUUAAACUUAUAGUGCUGUGUAUUGUUGCAUACAAAGAUGAUUGUUUUGAAGCCAAAUUUUUUUAUGCUUGGACCCAUUAACUCUUCUGCGGGACUGCAGGAGUGUAGUCAGAAUCCGUCUUGUCAUCUGAAGAAAGAGUUUAAACUUUUUUUUACAGGUGUCUGAGCAUGUUACCUGUCAUGUGUAUGCCAUUUUUCCACAUGGAGAUUCCUGGCAGUCCCAGAUUCACACCCUGCCCCUGCCAACCGUUGGACUUGGCCCUGAGUGGCAAGGCUUGUGCAACAAGAGGGUGCAUUCAGGCUGAAUGUGUGGGAUCAGGCAUCAAACAGAUGUUUGAGGUGCACCUGCCUCUCUCCCUCUCCCUUAGCAACAACGCAAUUUACAUUUUAAUUGAUGCGCUCAUGGGCUUUAGAUGGACACAGCUCUGCAGGCACCCAUAUCCUGGAAACCAUUUCAGAGUCCCCACUGUGAAAAAUGAUGCCAGGCAACAUAAAUGCAGUGGUUAGGCAGACAUUUGGCAGAUGGUACAAGGUUUAUUUUCAGCAAGUAACUGCAGCUUUUGCUCAACAGUAAAAUGUAUUUAAAAAAAAGUCAGGCCCAUGCCAUGCCAUCAAAGUACCAUGGCAUCUGUGGAUUGAGAGGACAUUCCACUAACCUGAAAGCUGGAAUUCUCCCCAAAACCUCUAAGAUGAGAGUUCCAUAUAUUUUUUCCUCACCAGGGAUCAAAGAUGAUUGUGAAUAAUAAGUAAAUCCUGUGUCGACCUCAGUUUCAGACUGUUGCAGUAGUUCUUAUUGUUUUAAAUGCAAAAAUAAAAAUCUAACUUUUUUUUUUUUUUUCAAACAAUACCUUCCAUAUGAUCAUCGUCUCUGUGGUCUGGCUGUGACACUUUGAUGAACAAUACUGUUCAGCAUGAAAGCUGUAAUGCUCACAGGUCUGUGCAUGUCACAGCACAUUCCUCCUGCCUACUCUUCAGGGGAAACUACACUUAAAGAGAUUAAACUUCAACAAAAAGAAAGAAAAAUAACUAAAAUAGUGUAAGUGCUUUAACAAGAGUACAGUUUUACUCUUGUAAGCAUGAAGACGAGUGAAUAAACUACAGUACCAUCAGGCUGACAUAAUUCAAAAUAUAUUACAGCAACUGUGAAACCCUACAUUGAAUGUUUCAAUCUCAAAAAAAGAUGAGUGAACCCUGGAGGACAAACAGAUGCACCCCAUCAUUUAUUGCAUCAAGUGGGAGCUAGAAUGAGAUUCUGAGCACUUGCUUGCUUGAAAAUUUUAACCGUUUUCAACUAAGCUCCAAUUGCAAAGAGCUUGUAUUUCCCUGUAUGUUGCAAAACAUUUGCCAAAAUGUCUACAUCAAUCAUAAUCUUCACAAAAGAACUACGGUAUAACUUUAGUUUAAUUUUCACCCUUUUCUUUCCUCACCAGUUUAACAAAUACAGCAGCAGAAAUCAUAAAUUAUGUCUGGUAUCAUUUUAGAUUGAAAAUGCACCUCUCGAUUUAAUAGUCGACUAUAGACAUCCACUAAAGGAUAAGUUUUUGAUCCUCAAGAUUAUUCUAAUUUCUUCAGUAAAUCAGUGACUUUUAAUGAAUGAAAGUAGAUUUAUUGACCAUGACUGUGUAGCACAUAUAGCUUUUGUGAGGAUUCCUGAUUUGAAUGAGGCCUCUUGUUAAUAUGAGUCCAGACAAAACAGAAGAAAGAAAAACUUGUUUAAUUUUCUUAUUAUUAUUAUUUUCUUUUUCCCCAUCACUUGGACACUCCUCAACCUAUAAUAGCAAUUUCAUGGAGUCUGGCACAUUUGUAAACCAUACGCUGGUGUGGACGUUCGUCAUUAUUCUGUGUUUGAAUUCCUGUUGGUGGGAUGUGAAUUGCAAAUUUAUUUUGGAGAGUGUAACCAUCUUCUCUGUUCACAUUUAGUUGGAGGUAAAUUGUCUGAAAAUUUCAAUGGUAAAUCUGUUGCAUUUUAGUCAAGCUGUCUCAUGUAUGUAAGAUAUCUAAGUAUUUUUGAUCAGUAUUCUUUUUUUCCCAACAUUAUUUUUAAGUUUUUGUUAUUUAUUAUUAUUGUUUUUUUUCUGAGAGGGAAUGCUGUUCUAGUGGUAGAUUUAUAUAAAACAUGUUUUGAGAAUUAAAGAAAACAAAAAAGAACAAUUUUUAAAUUUUGAUUUUACAUGUGCCAACAACCUGUUCUGAAAGUUAAAAUAGAGAAACAUGCUGUAACAGAAUAAGAGAUUGAUUUUCAUGUAAGCAUUCUCUCAUGGCAUUUAAAAGAUAUGGAGAUUGAUAAUAGA